CGCCGCGCCAUGGGCCGCUUCCCCGCCGCCGCCGCUGCCAUGGCGGCCGCCUUCCUCAGCCCCAGCCUCGCCUUCAGCUCCCACUUCGACCCCGACGGCACCCCCCUUAGUGAGCUCUCCUGGUCCUCCUCGCUGGCCGUGGUGGCCGUGUCCUUCUCGGGGCUCUUCACCUUCAUCUUCCUCAUGUUGGCCUGUCUGUGCUGCAAGAAGGGGGACAUUGGCUUCAAGGAGUUUGAGAACGCCGAGGGGGACGACUACGUGACAGAGCUGUCAGCCCAGGGCUCGCCUGCCCCCCAGCAUGGCCCCGAGGUUUAUGUCCUGCCCCUCACCAAGGUGUCCCUGCCCAUGGCCAAGCAGCCCGGGCGCUCAGUGCAGCUCCUCAAGUCGGCGGACCUGGGGCGGCAGAGCCUGCUGUACCUGAAGGAGAUCGGGCAUGGCUGGUUCGGCAAGGUGUUCCUGGGGGAGGUGAACUCGGGAAUCAGCAGCACGCAGGUGGUGGUGAAGGAGCUGAAGGCGAGUGCCAGCGUGCAGGACCAGAUGCAGUUCCUGGAAGAAGCGCAGCCCUACAGAGCCCUCCAGCACACCAACCUGCUGCAGUGCCUGGCCCAGUGCGCCGAGGUCACCCCGUACCUGCUGGUGAUGGAGUUCUGCCCGCUGGGUGACCUGAAGGGGUACCUGCGGAGCUGCCGGGGGGCUGAGGCCAUGACCCCGGACCUGCUGACCCUGCAGAGGAUGGCGUGCGAGGUGGCCUGCGGGGUGCUGCACCUGCACAGGAACAACUACAUCCACAGCGACCUGGCCCUGCGGAACUGCCUCCUCACCGCCGACCUCACCGUGAAGAUCGGGGACUACGGGCUGUCGCACUGCAAGUACAAAGACGACUACUUCGUGACGGCCGACCAGCUGUGGGUGCCGCUGCGCUGGAUCGCGCCCGAGCUCAUCGAUGAGGUGCACGGCAACCUGCUCGUGGUGGACCAGACCAAGGCCAGCAACGUCUGGUCGCUGGGCGUCACCAUCUGGGAGCUGUUUGAGCUGGGCAGCCAGCCCUACGACCACUACUCUGACCGCCAAGUGCUGGCCUACGCCAUCAAGGAGCAGCAGCUGAAGCUGCCCAAGCCCCAGCUGAAGCUGUCGCUGUCGGAGCGCUGGUACGAGGUGAUGCAGUUCUGCUGGCUGCAGCCCGAGCAGCGCCCCACGGCCGAGGAGGUGCACCUGCUGCUGUCCUACCUGUGCGCCAAGGGGGCCACGGAGGCGGAGGAGGACUUCGAGAAGCGCUGGAAUUCCAUGAAGCCCAACGGCAGCGCCAGCGGCAGCCACCACGGUCCUGAGCUCUCGUCCUUCCCGCUGCUGGAGCAGUUCUCGGCCGACGGGUUCCCCUCCGACGGGGACGACAUCCUCACCGUCAUGGAGACCAGCCACGGCCUCAACUUCGAGUACAAGUGGGAGCACACCAAGACCGAGCACUUCCAGGCCCCCCUGGGGUCCCUGAGCCCCAGCAGCGCCGCCCGCUACCACGACCUCUAUUACCCGGCCACGACAGCGGGGCUCAGCCUGGGGGUGUCCCCAUCCUGCUACGAGUGCAAGGCGUCCGGCUGCCCCGGCGUGCCAGCGCCAGGCGUGGUGCCCAUCCUGGGCGCCCACAGCCCCUCGCUGGGCAGCGAGUAUUACAUCCGCAUCGAGGGUCCCGGCGAGGGCAGCGCCGAGCUGGACUACGCCAUGUGCACCUACAGCCCGGCGGGCGAGCGGGGGGCUCUGAGACCCCCGGCCUGCUGGAGAGCGCAGGGCGGCCGCAGCGGGGGCACCUACGACUCGGAUGGCAGCCCCACCGUGUCCCUGAGCAUGGAACCGCUGCUGGGCCACGCACCCGCGGCCGAGGGCUCCUGGGAGUGCGCAGAGUAUUACCCCUACCCCUGCCCCGGGCAGGAGCCGCGGGGCUACGAGCCGUCCCCCAGCCACGGGGCCGAGGGGUAUCUGCUGGAGGAGGAGCCCCCCCAGCCGGGCAGCCAGGACUGGUCCGUCCCCGCUUUCCAGCCCGGUGUCUUUGCCGACCCUCUGGGCGUCUCGCCGUCGGGGAACUGCGCCUACAGCCCCGCGGGGUACGGGGGCACAGCGGGGCCGAGCGGGGGGCCCCCGCCGGACUGCGUAGCGCUGGAGCUGGGCGAGGACAGCCCCCCCACGGCCCCCCAGCCGGCCGGUGCCAGCCCCCCGGCUCAGCGCCACCCCUGGGCCUCCAACAGCUCCUCCAACAACAACAUCGGCAGCGGCAGCCCCCGCGAGCCCCCGGCCGGCGACAGCUGGUGCUACCGCCGCAUGAUCACCUUCCGCGGGCUCAUGGCCAAGCCGCUGGGCACCGUGCCCCGCGGGCAGCCCCAGCUCGGGGGGUCUCCGCCGGGACACGACUUCCUCCGCCCGCGGCAGGAUCAGCCCCCCGCCAUGGCCGGCGGCUCCUCCUCCCCGUGCCGCUCGCCCUCCCCGCGGCGGCAGGCCUGGCACGGCCGUGACUCAUCACCCUGCGGCCCCGCGCAGCCCGGCACGCUGGCGGAGAGCCCCGCCGCGCCCCGGGGCCCCGCCGCGGCCCCGCCACCUGCGCCGGGGGCCCCGCGCGAUGCGCAGCCCGAGGAGAGCUCGGCCGCCGCCGGGGGAAGCCCUGCCCGCAGCCCGCUGGCCGCCGCCGCCGCGGGGCCGGGCGAGGCCGCUCCCCCCAUGGCUGGCACGGCCGCCCCGAGCCCCGGCCCCCCCGGCCCGCCCGCCGCAGACGGAGCCCAGUCCGCCCCGCAGCCCGCCGAGCUGCCCCCGGAGGCCGGGGCCGAGAGCGGCGCCGGUGCCGCCGGCGACGCCGAGCGGACACCGGACAAGACCUUCUCGAGCAGCAGCUUCCCCAGCGUGGACGAGGGCAGCGACGAGGACACGGCCGAGCUGACCUCCGGCGUCUUCACCGAUUUCUCCGGGGAGUACGCGGAGCGGGCGGAGGCGGCGCCGGCGCUCCGGUCCCUGCAGAAGCAGGUGGGCACGCCGGACUCGCUGGAGUCGCUGGACAUCCCCUCCACCGCCAGCUCCUGCGAGGUGCUCAGCCCCGGAGCCUUCGCGCCCGCCGGCCAAGCCCGGGCCCUCGACAGCGGCUACGACACCGAGAACAACGAGUCCCCCGAGUUCGUCCUUAAGGAACCCCACGAGCCCCGAGAGCCCGAGGCCUUCAGCCAGCUGGGGAAGCCGCCCCCGGGGCUGCCGGGGGGCGAGGGCGAAGCUGCGGCCCCUGAAACGCGGCUGCCCAGUGCGGAGCUGCCCGGCCUGGCCGAGAAGAGCCCCUAUCGCGACUCUGCCUAUUUCUCCGACUGCGACGCCGAGGCCGAGCGCGGGCACAAGGACGAGGGGGACAGCGAUGGGUCCCGCACCCCGGAGGCGGAGGAGGGUCCUCGCUCCCCUGCGCGGGACAUCGGGCGAGGAGAGGACCCGCUGCACCCUCCGGGGGCACCCGGCAGCCCCCCGGCGGUGCCCACGCCAGCGGCGGUGGCUUUGGAGGGGGACUGGCUGGGGACAGAGGCCGGGAGCUCACCGGAGCAGGCACCUGGCACCGAGCAGAGCCCCGCUGGCACGGGGCUGGUGCCGGGCAGCCCCCCGCGCCCUGACACAGACACCUGUCCCCCGGGCUCGGUGACCCCCAAGACUUUCCUCUUGACCCCGGUGCCAGUGAGCCCUGGGGAGCCAUCAGCUGUUGGAGGGACCUGCGUGUCCGAGGGCUUCUCUGGACUUGGGGGAGCCACGGUGGGGGACAAACAGACUGUGACCCCCGCGCUUGGGGAGCGGGGGCUGCCCCCGGAGGGGACUGGGGCGGGCGAUGCGCCGGGGGGUCCCAGCACGCUGCUGCCCGGGGGCGAGUCACCCCCGGGGCUCUCCCCACCGCCGGCUGCCCCCGAGCGCCGCGAGGAGCCGGAGGAGGAGGAGGAGGACACGGAAGACAGCGACGAGUCGGAUGAGGAGCUGCGCUGCUACAACAUCCAGGAGCAGAGCGAGGACAGCGAGGAGGAGCCGGCGGCCGUGCCCAUCGUGGUGGCCGAGAGCCAGAGCGGCCGGAACCUGCGCAGCCUCCUCAAGAUGCCCAGCCUGCUGUCCGAGUCCUUCUGCGAGGACCUGGAGCGCAAGAAAAAGGCCGUCUCCUUCUACGACGACGUGACCAUCUACCUCUUCGACCAGGAAAGCCCCACGCGGGAGCUGGCUGAGCAGAGCUUCCCGGAGCCCACCCUGCCUUCGGGGCAGCCCCCCUCGCCUUCGGGGCAGCCCCCUGCCAGUGGCAGCCCCCCCAGCCCCACUGACAGGCUCGGAGCCUCCGACGACUCCUCGGACGGCAACGCCUCGGAAGAGAGCGGUGGCUUCGAGUGGGACGACGACUUCCCCCUGAUGCCAGUGAAGCCGUCGCUGGUGGCCUCGCUGCCGGGGACACCAGCAGAGCCCCCCGCGGCCGUGCCCGCCCUGGUGCCAGCGCAGAAACAGGUGCUGCCCAUCCAGUUCUCCCGGUUCACGGUCUCACCCGCCCCGGUGUCCCGGUUCUCCAUCACCCACGUCUCCGACUCGGACAUGGACUCCAUAGGAGGCAGCAGCGAAGACGGUGACCGGGAGUGAGCCCGGCGGGACGCAGCCGGCAUUGCCCCGGCACCGGGGCGGCGCAGGACGGCGCGGGGGCCGCCCGUGGGCUCCCACACCCCGCUGGGCAGAUUUUUUAGGCAGAUUUUAUCGGAAGGAACUCGUUUGCUGCUUGGAGUGGGAGCGGGGCCGGCGCGGGGCCAGGCGCUUCCGGAAGGAAAUAGAAGUAAGCGGAGCUGAGCGAAACCUUGAAUUCAGGGCUGGUUCCUUUUGGGGUCUAUAGACCAAACCCUGAGGUGAGACAUGUCCCCCCUGAGCCCCUGCCCCUGUCCUGGCUCCUGUGCAGGGGGUGAGGGCACAGGGACACUGCACAGACAGCA